AAACUCCUAGCGUAUACGAGCUCUAGAGCAGCUUUUAUCGAAAAAUCGACACACAUUAUCCAACGCCAAAGCUCGCGAUACCCUGAGGACUCGCACUGCGUGAGGGCGGCCAGACCUCAAGAAAGCGGUCUCCAGCACAGACUCGCUGCGUCCAGGGCCGUAGCGCCUCCAGCUCAAAACCAGGCCAAGGCGUGGCCGACAACUACCAAUGGCGCGACGACGCGUAAUAACCGCGAUACUCGUAACAACGGCCCAAUCGGCCAUCUUCACGAAGGAAGAGAAACCCAAACUCCAAGCCCGAGACGGCGACGGCUACCAUACGGAGGGGUACGGCGUGGACGUGUCCUUCCCGAUGCAUUAUGACAUCGAGAAAGGGACCUGGGGCGCGAAGAUGUACGACGAGUUCAUCAACGGGUGUGGCGACAAGUACAAUUUGAGAUCUUGUAGAUCUAAUGAAGAGUCGCGCAUGGCGAUGGAUCGCGAUCAAAUCCCGAGGCAGAGAAACUUCACGGAACUAGGGUUUGCGAAAUUGCGAGCUCCGAAAGCCGUCUAUGAAGCAGCCAGGGAGUUCUGGGAUUUACACAGAGAAACGCAGACGUCCGAGUCCUGGCCGCCGGGCAACACGUACGUCAACCACUGGGUCGCGGACAGCACGAUGUGUUCCUUCGAGGACCGAAGGCUCCAACCUCUCGGUUUUAAGACGAAAGAUAUUAUUUGGGACCAGGCGCGGCCUAUCUUGGAGGCGUGGACGGGCCAGAAACUCAAACCGACGUCUCUGUACGGUAUCCGGUCGUACUUCCGCGGGGCCAUCUUGGCCACGCAUGUCGAUCGACUGCCACUCGUCACUUCCGCCAUAAUAAACGUGGACCAGGAUGUCGAAGAGGACUGGCCCAUCGAGGUCGUGGGCCAUGAUGGUGUUGCUUAUAACGUCACGCUCAAGCCCGGAGAUAUGGCGUUGUAUGAAAGUCACACCGUAUUACAUGGCAGACCGUUUCCGUUGAAGGGCAACUUCUACGCGAAUCUGUUUGUGCACUUCAUACCGGUAGAUCCUGAUGACCCUUCCAAAAAUCACCCAGACAUUGAUUUCGGCUGGACCUCUAGGGCGAGAAAUGAUAGGAGAGAUCCGAAGAAGGCCGAGGAGACGCGUCGCAAAUUAGCGGCGUAUCCGAAACCGGACUCCCACGAGGUCUGUACCGCUCGCGCUAGGAAAGCUGCGGCUGAUUCCGAUGCUAGGCGUAGUGGUGUGCCGGCUCGGGGGCCGCUGCCGGAGGAGCCCAAGCGGAAGCGCGGGCCGUCGCCCGCCGAGUCGCGAAAACUCUAUAAGAGGCGCAUGAGCUCGGAGGAGCCGGGCCACCAGCACGUCGGCGGCGAGGAUUUUGGCCACGACAGCGAGAAGACGGGCACGCGCAUGUCUUUGCAUGAAGCGGCCGCUGUUGGUGAUCUAGAAGCCUUAAAACAGGGCAUCGCGAAGGAUCCGUCCUCCGUAAAUGCGCCCGAUGAAAAUUUGUGGACGCCGCUGCACGAGGCUGCGCGGUCGGGAUCGCUCGAGACGGUCGAGUUCCUCGUGGAGCACGGCGCGAACCUCGGCGACACCGUAUUGACGGGCGCGUCGGCGCUGAACAUCGCGCGGAAGUUCAAGCACAACCAGGUCAUCGCCUUCCUGGACACGCUCGGCGCGCCGGACAUCGCGGACCAGGAGCUAUAGUAUAGAGGCAUGUGUCGUAAGUCUUUCAUCGUA